CACAGGCCUCUUCAUGUCUCAGGUUCGUGGGCCGUGGAGACCUUUCAUAGCACGGCGACCUUGUCCUCAGAGGGUGUCUGCGAUUUGUAUGGGCUUCGGCUCAUGCACCGUCUCAAUAUUUUCCCGUCCCACCACGGCCACUCUGGCUGGGUGGGCCUUUCCUUUUGCUGUUUUACAGUCCUAACCCUAACCCUAGUUCGAGGGACGGACCUGGGACUUCAUAGACUCGUACACAAUAUGACAAUUAUUGACAAGUAGCCGCUUUACAUGAGUAAUUAAACUGUCCAGGGACCAGCGUACCGUCGAACAUGUU